AUGAUGUUUUGUCACGUUCACGCUGCGGCGGAAGAGAUUGAAAUUGAGGAUGGUUCAUCAGUAGAAGGGUCUCAUGUAGAGUAUGUUGUGCUUAAUCUUGAUAAUACAAGUACAACCAACCAAUUUGUUUAUAAAAAGCAUGGAGCCAAUGGCAACUUUUAUACAGCUAAGGGUGACUGUCGAUUUAGUAAGAUUACAAGCGCCGGCCAAAUAGUAUGGGAGGCAACUAAGAAUGAGUUUCCUAAUAGAGUGUAUUACGAUCCUUCUCAACAAAAGCCUCUACUUCAAUUAAUUUAUUCUGAUGAAGAGUUUAAGCUACCUCAAACUCAACAGAGAGCACAACCAGCUAAAGUUUCACAAGUAGCACAGGUUAAGAAAGAUCCGCAGGGCAAAGCGUAUGUUCAGAUCCCUAUGCCUAAAAGCGGUGAUGAUCGCGGUUCCGUUAGAUCAGUAGCUUCAAGGCCAUUUGCACCCACAGCCAAGAUCGCCGUCCCAGUGGCUGCCUCUCACCAGUAUGCUGAGUUUAAAAUGCCUAAAACUGAUAAUGAAGAUAAAGGAUUUGUGGAACGUAAAAUGCCUAAAACUGAUGAUGAGGGUUCCACUGUUCAAAAACCAAAGAUCAAAGCCACAGCGGUAGCUGCAACACGUGCCUCGGCUAUAGCCGCUUCCACCAAAACGACUCACGCUUAUGUCCAGAUGCCAUUACCAAAGUCUGGUGAUGAAAAGUCAACAGUUAAGCCAAACAGGGUAACAGCCGAUAUAGGUGCUCCUGUGGUUUCUCAAGAUCUUGGGUAUGUGCAGAUGCCCAUGCCAAAAACUGAUAACGAGGGCGAUAACGUAUCUACCCUCGGUGUAUCCAAGAAGCACAUUGUUAAAGUUGAAACGGUGCACACGCCCGUAAAGGUUGCUAAACCAGUUGCUGCAGCGAGCGUUGUUGCUCAUUCUCAACCAAUAAGGUCGGGUGUUGAAGAUGGCCAGAGUUUCCUUGAGUUUGGCAUACCUCGCACUGAUAAUGAGGGAGCUGGACCCGUAGAGGGCCACGACUUCCUUGAAUUCAAGUUGAUGUCUUCGGGGCCAGAGCAUGGUAAAGCUGAGGCUGUUGCACAAGCCACCUUGCCCAAGCGCAAAGCCAUUGUCAAUGCUAAAUACCAGGAUCACGCUAUGCCUGCAUCAACUGAGGCUGAAUCAGAUCUGGAUAUCGAGAACGAUCCAGAAAUUCAGUUUAUGCUGAAAUUAAUCGAAGACUUGAAACAAAAAAUCGCUGCUUUGAGGCAGACGUUAGCUGAGAUGGACGCAAGGGAUGCAUUAAAUCCCCAGGCUCAAGGACUCUGA